CAGCAGCUGCUAUUAAAGCUCUGAGGACCAAGGGGCAUUGGUCACAAAUAUCUCUCUAGAUCAGCUACUUGGGAAAAAAAAUACUGAAUUAUUAAAUUUUAAGCCCUACUUAUCACAAUGCACUGCCUGAAAAGUCUGAGGACAGCUAACCCGGGAAUCUUACAGCUAUUUAAAAAUGCAGGGAUUUCCGCCAGAGUUGGAGCUGACAACAUUGUUUUGUCCAGGACGCAGCAACAUGUUCCCUGCUGGGCUGCAGCAUCACCACACGCCCACAAAGCCUUUCACUACCAGAAAGAUCCUGAUGUGGACCAAGGACACCCCAAGAGUAGGUUCAUGUCCAGUAUGGAGGAUUUACUUUUCUACACUAUCACGGAAGGCAAAGAGAUGAUCCCCCUGUCCCAGUUCAUCACUGCUUUGAGAAAAACAGGUUUGUUGACAUCUGACCCUCGGUUGCGUGACUGUGUCCGUCAGAUGCGACAAUCCUCACGUGACUCUGCCGGCCCAGUCAUGAUGGACCAGAAGCUCUUCAAAAGGUGUGUGGGCAACAACAUCAUGCUGCUGACUAAGGCUUUCAGAAAGAAGUUUAUCAUUCCAGACUUUGAACAGCUGACCCAGCACAUCAAUAGGAUGUAUGACAAUGCGCAAAAGCAGGAGGCAGGACAAGUAGCUGAUUACAUUCCACAGCUGGCUAAAUUCAGCCACGAUCUCUGGGGUGUAUCUCUGUGUACGAUUGAUGGGCAGAGACACUCUGUGGGUGACACCAAGGUUCCCUUUUGUCUGCAGUCAUGUGUGAAGCCUCUGGAAUACGCCAUUGCUCUGCACGAGUUGGGCAGCGAGCAUGUUCACCAAUUUGUGGGCAAAGAGCCCAGCGGAUUCAAGUUCAACAAACUGUCACUAAAUGACGAAGAUAAACCACACAACCCGAUGGUAAAUGCCGGAGCUAUCGUCCUCAGUUCUUUAAUUAAGCCUCAUUCAAAUAAGGCAGAGAGGUUUGACCAUGUGAUGGAGUUCUUGAAAAGCUUGGCUGGAACAGAGUAUGUGGGCUUUAGCAAUGCAACUUUUCAGUCUGAAAGGGAGACUGGUGAUAGGAAUUAUGCAAUUGGUUAUUACCUCAAAGAGAAAAAGUGCUUUCCUGAGAAUGCAGAUAUGACAGCAGCCCUUGACUUCUACUUUCAGUUGUGCUCCAUUGAGGUGAACUGUGAGUCAGGAAGUGUCAUAGCUGCCACACUGGCCAACGGGGGUAUUUGUCCAAUCACAGGGGAGCGUGUGCUGAGUGCUGAAGCUGUUCGCAACACCCUGAGCCUCAUGCAUUCCUGUGGCAUGUACGACUUCUCCGGACAGUUUGCCUUCCAUGUGGGCUUGCCUGCUAAAUCUGGCGUUUCGGGUGCUGUUCUGCUGGUUGUCCCCAACGUCAUGGGUAUCAUGUGUUGGUCUCCACCUUUAGAUCGGCUCGGAAACAGUGUUCGUGGCAUUCACUUCUGCCAGGAGCUGGUGUCUCAUUUCAACUUCCACAAUUAUGACAACCUGAGGCACUUCACUAAGAAACACGAUCCCAGGAAUAGAUCAGAUGAAGAUUCAAACAAGUCAGUGGUAAACCUGAUGUUUGCAGCCUACAGUGGUGACCUCGCUGCUCUCAGGAGGUUUGCCCUUUCAGCAGUGAACAUGGAGCAGAGGGACUACGACUCUCGCACUGCGCUUCACAUUGCUGCUUCAGAAGGUCAUUUAGAAGCUGUUAUCUUCCUAACUGAAGUAUGUAAAGUGAAUCCCCACAUGAAAGACAGAUGGGGAAACACACCUCUAGAUGACGCCAUGCAGUUUGGCCAUGAUGUUAUUGUUUCAGCCUUGCAAGAAUACACAGACCGCAACGCACCAUACAACACAGAGGAGCAGAAGACCACACUGGAGACAUACAGUACGUUAAAAAGCAUUGUCUAAACUAGAGACGGUCCAAUACCUUUUUUUGUUUCCCGAUUCCCAGUGAUGUAGUCAAAUGUAUUGUAGUUGGUAUGUUGUACUGUGUAUAUAUUGGCCA